CUUCGAUCUAAAAAUUAAAAGUAUGCGUCGGAUUAUUGAUCAAACUCCAGAUAUGCUCAAAAACCGUGAAGUAUAUAGCCAUUGAGAAUCAAAAUGUACUAUGACCACUCAAUAUGAAUGAUCGUGUCAGUAAAUUUAUUGAACGAAGUUAAAAUAUACGUGUGAAGUUAUGCGAAUAUUUUCUAGUAGUUACAUUUCGAAGCGGGGAGUUUUAUAGUGAUGCUUGGCUCAAUCCCCACAGCAGUGAUUAUUUUUGUCAAAGCCGUUCAAGAGCGCUUAGCCUUGAAUAUUGGUCUGAUAGUACUUGCUGUUUUAUUAUUGUCUUUCGGAAUACCUGGUCUAACAGCCGACAAGGGAUUAUGGAAUAUUUUAUCAUGGAUUCUGACGAUGGCUGUCUCUUUCACUACACUGAUAAUAGGGUACAGAAUGGAAAAAUUGACUAAAAAAGCGAGCAUCAUAGUGCUGGGAUUGGCUGGUGGGAUAGCAGCCUUGGGUGUCAUUCUGUGGAUCGCAUUAGGAGUUGCUCAGUAUCCGGUAGCUGCAAAGUAUGUUCCCGCCUUAAUCGUCAUAUUCGCUAUUUUGAUGGUGUUAUAUCUAACUGGACAAGGUAUAAAACGUUGCAGUAAGGCUGAAACAGGAAGUCUUAUACCAGUUUGGUUAUCCCUGAUCACUUGGACAUAGGUGAUAAUGAUUUAUGUAUUUGUAUCUAUUAUGUUACCAGAUGGCUCAAAGUAACAGCAGAUGGAUGAACACGUUUUCUUUUUGCUUUUUGAAUGAAUAAUUCC